AUGGCUGACAAGAGAGAUUUCAAUGCCACAACCUAUGGGGCAACUGGCCUGGAUAGCGAGGAUACCAAGAGUGGGAAAUCGAGUGGGGGGUUGGAGCACGAUGUAGAGGCUGUUACGGAUCCCUUUGCGGCGCCGUUGAAACGGCAGCUUAAGUCGCGGCAUCUGCAGAUGAUUGCCAUUGGAGGAAUCAUUGGGCCGGGGUUGCUUGUGAGCUCUGGAAAUGCAUUGCAUGAGGGUGGGCCUGCCGGUUCGCUGAUCAGCUUUUCUUUGGUUGGCAUUAUCGUGUUUUUUGUUAUGCAAUCUCUUGGGGAGAUGGCAACUGUCAUUCCUGUGACCGGCUCAUUCAUUGAGUAUGCUGAGCGUUUUAUCGAUGACGCCUUGGCAUUUGCCUUGGGUUGGGCAUAUUGGUAUCUAUGGGUCACUGUUCUGGCAAAUGAAUACAACUCAAUAUCUCUUGUAAUCGAGUAUUGGACUACUGCAGUUCCACAAUGGGGCUGGAUUCUUAUAUUUUGGUUCCUCUUCUUGACUUUGUCAAAUCUGGGCAUUUUGGCAUAUGGAGAGAUGGAAUUUUGGCUUUCCAUAAUCAAGGUCUUGGCUCUCAUCGUGUUCUUCAUCCUAGCCAUUUGCAUCAGCGCCGGUGCAAUUGGACCGCAGACAAUUGGGUUUAAAUAUUGGGAUCAGCCAGGGGCAUUUGCUGCUGGUAUUAAUGGUGUGGCCAAAACGUUUGUGGUAGCCGGGACGUUGUAUGCCGGAACGGAGAUGGUCGGUAUAACCGCUGGAGAAUCUUCAAAUCCUCGCAAGGCUGUUCCCAGAGCCAUCAAGCAGGUCUUUUGGCGCAUUUUAAUCUUCUACGUCGGCACAAUAUUCUUCAUCGGCAUUCUCAUUCCAUGGAAUGACAAACAGCUUCUUGGGUCAACCUCAAAAACCGCGAGCUCACCUUUAACCAUUGCCUUGACAGAUGCGGGAAUCCUCCCAGCUGCACAUCUAAUUAACGCUCUGAUCGUGAUCAGUGUCAUCUCGGCUGGGAACAGUUCCCUCUACGUAGCCUCGAGAACACUUCUCUACAUGUCUCGCAACAGAAAAGCCCCAAAAUUCAUCGGGCGGACAAAUCGUGCAGGUGUGCCUUGGGUCGGUCUGAUCAUGACCAAUAUCUUCGCCUGUAUCGUCUUUCUGGAACAAUCGUCCAGUGCGGGGACAGUCUACUCGGCGCUCAUUACCCUGUCCGGUGUUGCUACAUUUAUCGUCUGGUCUGUCAUCGGGAUCUGCCACAUCCGCUUCCGUCGUGCACUCGUCGCACAAGGCGAGGAUCCAUCCAAACUGCCCUACCAGGCUGUGUUCUACCCCUAUGGAACAUAUAUUGCCCUUGCGGCGAAUAUUUUCCUCGUUUUCUUCCAGGGAUACACGUGUUUCCUAAAUCCUUUCAGUGCAUCGGACUUCGUGAUCAACUAUAUUCUCCUGCCUGUUUUUGUCUUGUUUUUCGUUGUAUAUAAAGUGUGGAACAAAACGAAAUGGGUUCAGUUGGAGGAUAUGGAUAUAUGGACCGGCCGGAGAGAAUUUGUGAAUGAAGAAGAGGAAGUCGCCAAGGACCAGGGCUGGUGGUGGAAGCUGUACGCGGUUGUGAUCGGGUGA